CGAAAAACAUUAUUGAAAUGCACAAAAUUUUGUGAGGGAGACGAAGGAAAAAAAAAAACAAGAAUACGGGAGUUGUUUGAUAUAUUGCUGUUUUGGGAGAUGUAGCUGCUUCAGUAAUCUUUGAGUACACUGAAACACCACGGCCAAGAUCAUGGUGACUUGUAUGACAGAAUUCUAUAUCUGGUCAUUAAAGGAUAAUGUACAUAUUCCAGAUGAAGUUAUUGGUUGCCAUACUUAUCAUGACAAGACACAUUCUGCAUCUGUAGAUCAGCUUUACCAUGAAGAGAAACAACAUUUUGAUGAAGAAAGAGAUGUUUUAUGGGCACCAAGAAACAAGCGACCAGAGAAAUUACGAGAUAUACUAAAAGAAGUUGAGGAUUUAUUGCAAGUACACAGGAUAGUACAGAUCAGAUGGCGAAGUCGACAAGUCCUUCAGCUUGUUUUGAGUAACAUGGUGGUGGUGAGUUUUGUGUUGAGUGGAAGCAGUGGAACCACAGAGAAGGUGUUUCUGGAUAAAUCCUUACUGGGAAAAUUCAGUGCUGAUUUAGUCUCAGAUGCUUACCUGUCAGACCAGUUUUUGCUGACCAGCUACCCAGAUCGUCCCAAACUGGACUAUGGCUAUUUUGUUAAAAGACCACCUUUAGGGGAGGGUCUGAAAAGGCUGGAAAAAUUGUCUGUUUGGGAACCAAAGAUCACACAAAUAGACAUUCCUGGACCUGUUGGUAGAAGGAUUGAGAGACGGUUAUCAGCUAAUACCAGGCUAGACAUGCUUUUGGUAUGGUGGCCUACAUCCAGUGAAGAGGCUUGGCCCUGGUCUCCCAUGUCCUCAGAAAAAGACAGAGCCAACAUGAUUGUCCUGUCCAUACACGGCCCCAACAUAGAUGUUUUGACCUUUGCCAGGACAGAAUGUGAUCCUAUGUAUGCUGGCUUUAGCUGUUUACAGCCACAUAGAGUGUUCACAGUAGAACAGGCCAUGAGUGGGGGAGGGGACACAACUGCACAGUGCUGCACUUAUGAGAUUGUACAAGGAAAGAUUCAGAGAAUUAGUGUGACCAGCAUUCCUCUGAAGAGUUCAGUGAUCUGUCAAUGUCGUAACCCCAGCGAAGAUAAACUCAUACUGGGCUGUGCUGAUGGCUCUCUGGUUUUAUAUGAUGAAGUGCGCAAGGCUACACUAAUGAUCCGAGCAUCAGUGAUUCCAGUGUCUGUAGCUUGGCAUCCACAGGGAACUCUGUUCUUUGUUGCCAGUGCUAGAGGAGAUGUUCAGGUAUUUGACCUGGCCUUGACCCCUCUCAGAAUUCAGUUAGUGUCAGAGGACCAGGUUACACAGAGAGUGCUGCAGCUCCACAAGUUCUUCAAACUGCCAGUGUCCCUAAAGGAGAUAAAAUGGUGCCACCAUGACCCAGAUUCUGUGGAAUGGAAUGGAGAUUAUACUGAUGCUCUCUUUAUGCAUUUUGAAAAAGGCCCGCCCUGUUUACUUCAGCUCCAUCUUGGUGUCGUCAGUAGAGAGAGAUUCUCAGGUCUAGAACUCAUCAAAGAGUACCUGAAGAAUCGACAAGUGGAUGAGGCUGUGACAUUGUUAACCAGUAUGAACUGGGACACUGAUAGUACAACAGCCUACUCCAGUCUGUCUGCCAUUGUAAACCAUCUCCUUCGACUUCCCCUCAAUGCUGAACGAGAGAGUCAGUUGGAAACAACCCUGGGAGCGUUUUAUGCACCAAAGUUCCCCCUGUCAGAAGUCGUCAUCCUGGACUUCCGAGAUCCCAUCAGCAGACUGGCUCGACGAUUCUUCCACCAUCUCCUUAGGUAUGUCAGAUUUGAUAAAGCAUUUCUUCUGGCUGUUGAUAUUGGUGCAAGAGAUUUAUUCAUGGACAUCCAUUACAUGGCAUUAGACAAAGGAGAGACAGCCUUAGCAGAAGUGGCCAAGCGGAAAGCUGAGCAAGUGGAAACAGAAUCAAUUGACUCCUUUGAUGGACUUGAUGAUGGACUAUUACAAAAUGGCUACCACAAUCCUAAUACCCAGAACCAGUCAGACUUCAAUGUCAAUGAGCUUCCUGCCUCCCGACAACACCCCUGGCAACAAGGAGAACACCAGGCUCCCCUUGACAACAGACAUCUCCAUAACGGUGUUAAUGGCGACCUGUCAGAUAGACCUAGUUACCUGGGUGACCUUGAACUUGAGGCUGACCUGAUCCAUGACUACACUGCUGCCCUACAGCUGGAUGACCCAGAAUGGUUCUCUAACACUCAUAUAGAGGACACCGAUUGGCAGGACCAGGAUCCCCUUGAUAAUGGAAACAGAGAGAGCCAGGAGGAUGAAGAGGAGGAUGCUUCAGUGAAAGUCAUUCACUUUGGAGUCGUGUGAUGGAGGGCACUACUUGUAGCCUGCGGACUAUGAACUUGAUGAUUUAUACCAGUGUCUUUCAAUAUCAUUGUCUUCCAUUAGUUGACAAAACUUGGUUUCAUUUUAAUGGUCCUCGUGUAUACAUAGAUAUCUAUGAUGUGGUGUAGAGGUUGUAAUAGAGAUACUAUAUUUAUGAAUCAAUGGUGCAUCAGGAAUGUUCAUUUUGUUCUUUUUGAUAGCUUAUUAAAUUAUAAUAGUGAUGCAAGUGUUUGUUCUGAUU